GGAAACUACUGCCGUAUUCAUGGCUGGCUAUAGCUAAGAGCGUACGAGAAAGGCAAGGGAAAAAAAGGUGGGAGGGAGUGUGCGCGGCCGUGGUCUACGCAUUGCCUGGGCUAGCGACUCGGCGGCGCUCAGUUACUCGACAACUUCGGAUGUGGAUGGAUAUGUCGAUCUCGCUCCCCAAACAUGAGAAAAGGUUACUCUGUCAAAAUGCAAGGCCGUGAAUGCUCAAUCGUGGAGUAUCCCCGGGCGGGUCUGCGGGUCCCGGACGCUCGCGCGGCUGCAGGCAACACUUAGAGGCUGCCACACUACGCACGCCACAAAAACAGCGUCAAAAUUCGUGUCGUAAUGGGUCUGGUGUCUUUGUUGAUGCGCGCUGUACUAAUGUGAUGCUGAUGCUGUGAACCUCCGAAAAUCUUCAGUUACAGCGCCUCGGGUUACCCGCGGCCAAGAGCAUCCCCUGAGACGGCCUCUAUGCAGGUGGUUGGCAGGGCCGACACUCCUGCCUCCCCGCCCUUCACGCCGCCCACACGCCAGGGGACGCGGCCACUCCAGUGACUUCGGGGCGAGUGGUGGACAUCGAGGACGCGCCAUAGGGCGGUGAUGGUGAAGCUCCAACGCUAGAGUGCGGAAGGCGUGCGGGCGUGGUGGUGCCGCGCCAUGACGGGUGGGCGGCGGCCAUGGCUGUGGGCGGCGGCGUGGGCGUGCGUGUGUGUGUGUUUGGCUCUGGCCGACGAGGAGGACCCGCUGCAGCACGAGGCACAGGUGGCUGCGCGCGACCGGCAGCUGACGCGGGUGUUGCGGCUCCUGGGCGUGGAGAAGCAGGAGGGGAGGGCACCCGAGGAGCUUGACGAUGAGCAGCAGCAGCAGGGGCAGCAGGGCGUGAGCGAGGGCUGCACCCGCCGCACGCUGGACCUCAUGGUGCCCGCCUCACAGCUGGACAAGUUCACGACGGAAACGCGGGCGGCUCUGCGUCUGGCGAACCUCCUCAACAACCUGUUUGUGGGCGUUCCCGAGGGCUUCGAACCCACCUACCCGACGCACGUGUUCCACGCCCUGGUGCGUGCCGUCCUCGAACACGAGCCCUCCAUCACCUCCUCCGCCGUAGCCUUCUUGCGAGGAGAGUACCACGCCCCCGCCGAGGAGGAGGAGCCGCAGGAGGUGUUCGGGGCGUACGGGUGGCGGCGGGCGGGCAGCGACGUGGCCACCACCGAGCUGGCGGCCCUACACAAUCACUCCAUCGACAACCCCGACCACCAGGACACCAAGUGGUUCACCGCCCACACUUCCUACAGCUUCACCCGCCGGAGGAUCAACAGCAGCAUGGUGGGGGGCGAGGAUGGUGCGUCCCCCGCCCCUCUCACCCUCACGCGGGCGGAGGACGGGAAGUGGGCACCCGAGCCGCUCUUCGACUGCGGCGCCUCCAACUCCUGGGUGCUUGCUCACUCCCUGCCCUUCUUCGCGCGCGCCGACAACGGUCUCUACGCCAGGCUCAAGGGCGUGGUGCUGGUGACGGUGCCCCUGGCGAAGGUGGACUUGGACCAGUGUGACGUGGACGAUCUUCUUGGGUCACAGCUCUUCGCCGGAACCCACAAGUGUGACGUGUCCACCACCCAGUGUGUGUCGGUGACGGGCAUGGGGUUUCGACGCGGGGGCUACAGAUGCCAGUGUCACCCCGGCUACUACCUGCCCCGCCCCGACCCCCGCUACUUCCAAGGGGCGGAGAUCGAGGCCGCCUACUCCCGCAGGCAGGGCUUGGAGGCCUUCAGGUGCCUGCCGUGUCCCGAGGGGUGCCAGCAGUGCUCCGCCUCGCUGCCCUGCCCCGUCAACACCCACGCCCUGUCCCGCCUGCUGCCCGCGUGCAUCCAGGCCGCCGCCGUCUGUUUGUGCCUCGUGCUGGCCGGCGUGGUGCUCAAGAUUCGCAAGUGUAAGGUGAUCGCGGUGUCACUAUGGACGAUGCUGGAGAUGGUGCUUCUGGGAGCCGUCGUCAUCUACUGCACGAUCUUCCUCCGCUUCGUCGAGCCCACCGUCACCCUGUGCAUGGUGGAGCCGUGGUUCAGGGAGCUCGGCUUUGCGAUCUUCUACGGCGCCAUCGUUCUCAAGCUCUACAGGAGCUUAGUCGACCACCGCACGAGGAAGGCGCACCGCUACGUCAUCAGGGACCGCGAUCUCCUCAAGUACCUGGCGGGGCUGGUGUCCUUCGUGACGGGCUACCUGGCGGCCUGGUCUGCCCUCAUGGCGCACCUGGCCACGGAGGGACACUCGCUGCUGGCCCUUGGGCGCUCACCUGAGGGGCUCGCCUUCACCACCUGCAAGUCCAUGUGGUGGGAGUACGUCACGGAGGCAGGUGAGCUGAUCUUCGUGUCGUUCGGGCUGUACCUGGCGUGGCAGCUCAGCAAGGCGGCGGGGGACUCGGGCGAGGUGGGUGAGCUGUGCGAGCGCCGGGGCCUCACCGCCGCCCUCCUCCUCGAGCUGCUCGCCUCCACCGUGCUCUACGCUGGCCGCCACGUCCUCUGGCUGCGCGCCCACCCCGACCACGCCUUCCUCGCCUACUUCGCCCGCACGCACCUCACCGUGACGCUCUCCCUCCUCCUCCUCCUCGUGCCCAAGCUGUGGUGCGCGGGCGGCGGCGGCGGGCGGGAGUUGCCUCGACGCACCUACUCCACUACCGAGGCGGGCCACGAGCCACGCUUCUGCGACGCCCUCACCAACGGGGACCUCGAGGCCUCCGACAUCAACCUUAGCCAGAUGGACCCCGAGGAGAUCAGGGCGGAGUUGAAGCGGGUCUACACGCAGCUGGAGAUUCUGCGCACCAAGACGAUGAGGAAGGACAACCCACACAUCUCCAAGCGGCGGGGCGGCAGGAAGGCAACGCACCGCCGCUUUUCCCUGCAGAGUCGCAAAGGAAGUCGAGAGAAGUCGUUCCACCGGCACCACCAACGCGCGCUGCAGCACACGUUGGAUGGCUGUGAGGGGGACAUGACCAAGACGCCCGAGGAAUCCGUCUGCUCCAUCGAGGGCCCUUCAGUCCUCUCCGUGUACGCCGACGGCCCCUCGGACAUGGGCACUCCCUCCAUCCUGCACAGGUCCUACAAGUUAUGAGAACACUUCCCCCAGAGCCCUCAACAACCCGAGCUGCCGCCAAUGGGACCAGCCUCGCCUCGCCCCUACCCCGCCAGGACCCGAAUCUGAGGCUUAGGGCAGCACUGCAGGCCUUACUGAGUGCUGGGCGGAUGUUCAUACCCUCGACCCCACAUGUGCUGUUUGUGUAAAGACUUCUGCUUCCCAUCCCGAGAGGCGCGACUGACUGACUCUCCCGCCUCAAAGACUUCAUGCUAGUUAGUGUCUGAGCUGCAAAGUGAGACGCAGGCGAGAUUUUUAAAGGAAUAAAAAUAAUCACAUAUACGUAAAUAACUGUCGUGUCUGUGUGUGCGUGUGUGUGUGUGUGUGUGUGUGUGUGUGUGAAGUCAUUCAUUUCACUGCUGCACUGGUGGACUACACGAUUGUCUUUUCAACCGCAAAGAAUGUACAAAUAGCUUGACAAAAAGAAAUAUGGGAACAAACAAACCAAAAACCAUGAUGCUGUAGAAAACACACUAUAGGGAAACAAACGACAUCAAAACGGAGCAAACGCAGACUCACACAAGACGUAGAGAAAGGAAGCAAGAUAACACAACCCUAGAUAGAUCACUUUAAUAGUACGUAUAGAACAGAGAGUACCAGUGUUUAUAAGGGCUUCGAGUGCAUAUCUGUAGUGGUUUUUUUUUAAUUCAGACGAUCUUGAAAAACAUAUAUAGAGAGUAGGCAAUACCAGUUGGCUCUAUAUAAUCUCUCUAUCUAUCUAUCUAUCUGUAUCUAUCUAUCUAUAUUGUAUUUCCUACCUCCUCCCUAGGACCAUAUAUAAAGGUUUCCACAUUCACCCCUCCCUCUAUUAAUCUCACUCAGUCACAAGCAGACAAAAUUCAUUCACCCACCCACUCACUCACUCCCCCGCUCACUGUGCUUUGAUCCAGUCAUUUCCAAAACUCCAUUCACACGUUCAUUCACCCACCCACUCACUCAUUCUCACUCACUCGCCCACUCGCCUCACUUCCCACUCACUCGUUUACGUUCGUCAGGUUAUUAUGAUAUUGCUUUGAUCCAUUAGAGUCACCGCAAAAAACAUAGCAACAAGGUACACCGGAUCAUUUUAUUCACUGGUUGAGGAACAAUGCGUUGAAUGUGUUUGCGAGGGCGUUCAGCAAGCGUUCAUCCAUGUGUGUGUGUGUGUGUGUGUGUGUGUGUGUGUGUGUAAGCAUUCAACCAGCGACUGUCAUUAGAAGGAAAAAAUAAGUCGCCUCCUCGUUACCAGACUAAAUCUAAAGAGUGAAGAUAUAUAUACAUUCUUUGUAGUGUGGCUUUCUUAGAUAAGCGUCCCCUGAGUGUGUGGGGGUGUGGGUGUGGGUGUGUAUUAGAGAAAAGAUGAAUAUAUCAGACUAUUUUAUCAAGAAGCAACCAUAUUUUGAGAGGAGAAAUAUGACGGGCAUUUAUUUUAUUCACUCCUGUUUGCAAUUUAGAAACAAACAUCUGCCUUUACCGCCUACGUGUGUGUGUGUGUGUGUGUGUGUGUGUGUGUGUGUGUGUGUGUGUGUGUGUGUGUGUGUGUGUGUGUGUGUGUACCGAAGGACCUGCAUGUCAUUUUCACUAAGCACACACAUGUAUACCUUCGUCGCGAGCUUGUGUUGAGAUGUAAAAAUAAGUGUCCUGUGCUUUAUAUGUUGUGUGUGUGUGUGUGUGUGUGUGUGUGUGUGUGUGUGUGUGUGUGUGUCAAUGCGUUUUAUAGAAAUGUAAAUUUGUCGAGGAGUUAAGUUAGGUCAAGGGCGGGGCUAAACACACACACACACACACACACACACACGCACACGCACACGCACACACACACACACACACACACACACACACACACACACACACACACACACACACAUAUUAUAUACAGAUGAUUUUUUUUCUCUCUACAAAAUCACAUCUUCGUCUCGCGCUGAAAGUAAAGAAUUCCCAACAGUUCCCAUCUACAAGGAAAAGAAACUAGCAAAGUAACGAAGGUAUCGCUUAAGUAGUGCUUGGAAGCGGCAAAAAGCAGUACGAGCGCCGUGACAGUUUAAGUACUGUAAAAUACAUCAGCGCACUCUGCCGCGGAGGAAUACAUGUAAUGUCGCGCCCGGUAACUCUUUGGUGUGGGGGUGAGCGCUAAGAAUGUUUAAUGAAUUUAACAACUCAAAGAACUGGCUCACUGAGUGGCUGAGUAUAUAUACUGAAGUUAGUGCUGCCACCUUCCCACGAUCUGUUGGACGAAGCAAUAGUUCAAUGGAGAGAAAACUAACUCGAAAUAUACAAACACGCAGCCAUAUGGGGUGACGCACUGAAUAAUUAGCGUGGUAGCUCCGAACAAUUCAAUGGGAGGGCACGAGUAUUACCUCCACGCGACAACUGCGUGUCACGAAACACACGAGAAAUUAAACUAGACUCGGGAAGGGAUUUACCGGCCCCGGGGAUCGAACCCGCGACCGGCGAGAUGGGAAAGCCAAUCUUAAACCAGUGGUGGAGUGAGAUGGGGAGGCUCUCAGCACCAGGUGGAUCAGUCGCUACAGUAUGAGGUGAUGAUCCUGUAAUAUUACGUUCUAAAACAAAUUACCUCCCGUGUGCCUGCCGUAUUGCCUGAUGCUAUCCAACGAUGCUACAGUAAAUGGACGCAUGGAAGGGUUGUAUGAGUUUGCAGGACAGUUAUUUUUUUUUCUUCGGAGUGUUUCGGAAUGAGUCGCUUGUGUGGUAGCCUGGGGAGGGUUGGGAGGGAGAAAGGGGAAGGGUUGCAGGCAUGUAAUUACAUUGAGUACUAUACCAAGAAAAAUAUAUAUGGGAAGUUUAGUUGUGGUGUACCAAGCUUUAUUAUCUGACUUUAUUUAAUCACCAUAUCCCAGCAAUGUUUUUGAGUAUUUAUGUUUCUAACGCAAGUGCUAAUAGGAUCGGGGUGUAAUUCCUUUCAGUACCAUACCAAGAAAAAUAUAUAUGGGAAGUUUAGUUGUGGUGUACCAAGCUUUAUUAUCUGACUUUAUUUAAUCACCAUAUCCCAGCAAUGUUUUUGAGUAUUUAUGUUCCUAACGCAAGUACUAAUAGGAUCGGGGUGUAAUUCCAUUCAGUACCAUACCAAGAAAAAUAUAUAUGGGAAGUUUAGUUGUGGUGUAUCAAGCUUUAUUAUCUGACUUUAUUUAAUCUCCAUAUCCCAGCAAUGUUUUUUGAGUAUUUAUGUUCCUAACGCAAGUACUAAUAGGAUCGGGGUGUAAUUCCAUUCAGUACCAUACCAAGAAAAAUAUAUAUGGGAAGUUUAGUUGUGGUGUAUCAAGCUUUAUCAUCUGACUUUAUUUAAUCUCCAUAUCCCAGCAAUGUUUUUGAGUAUUUAUGUUCCUAACGCAAGUACUAAUAGGAUCGGGGUGUAAUUCCAUUCAGUACCAUACCAAGAAAAAUAUAUAUGGGAAGUUUAGUUGUGGUGUAUCAAGCUAUAUUAUCUGACUUUAUUUAAUCUCCAUAUCCCAGCAAUGUUUUUGAGUAUUUAUGUUCCUAACGCAAGUACUAAUAGAAUCGGGUGUUACGAAAGUUGCACCUCUCUUAAGACCUCUUGUUCGAUUUUCUUUACAGGAGCAGGACAUAGCGGGAUUUUUCUUCUUUUUGUAAACGUGUGAGCUGCUUCCUCUUUAGAGAUAAAAAAAAAACUAUCGGCGACAUGCUCCCUCUCUGUACAGUAGAGCGUCGCGCGUGUCUGUGUAUCUGUUAGGGCAAGGGGUGGGAGGGGGCUGGGUAAGGGAUAGAGGGGGGAGCUAUCUCUCAGUUAUUUCUUACCUCAAACAUCACCUUAAUAACUUUUGGAUGAGUCCUUUACCCACCUCUGAUAUUCGCGUCUCAUGGUUAUUUCCUAAACCUGUUGGGAAAACUGUUACUCAAACUUUCCUCACUGCAACACCGUUUUCUUCUAGGCAUCUCACGACCCACACUAAAGCCGCUUGACAGUGCUAAGAGCUGUGUGCCUCCCACGAUCUUGUAUUAAGUUAGUUAUUGGUGGGAAAGUAGCGCCCCAGUCGGCAGUCUCGGGACCCAGAGCGAUAGAAUAUGAGAGUUUGGCGCCAUGUUACCCAAAGAGCCACUGGAAAUUGAAAUAGAUGCGGAUUCUUUUUCUUUUUUGUGUGUGUUUGUGGGCUCUGUACCGCUUCGAGAUCCUGACGAUAACGAACACAAAAAAUCACUCAUAUCAGUGCCAAUUUGAAUUUCGCACGGCUCUCUUGGUAACGACAUGGCGCUAGUAAUGAAGUUGGCCGAACUCUCCUAUCCCGUGGCUCUGUCGGGACCCAGCACCGAAGCACGACCGUAGAGGUCUGGACUGCACGGACGUGAGGCGUCAUGAGGGAACCACAACAUUACGAAGCUGUACGUCGAUCGUGUGCGAGCUAAUGAAACCAGUCUGCGGUUAUUUCAGACUCAUAACACAGUGCCGCUCUGUACCUCCCAUUCAGGAAAAUUUAAUGUAUAUAAUAAGAUAAUGAGGGCCAAUGGGACACUGUUGGAAAAGGAAGGAGAAUCGAGUCUCAAACGAUACAAAAACCCACGACGCCGCGUGUAUAUAUGAAAUGACUGGGCAAGAUGGGCCAAGCUUAGAGGGAAAAAAUACGCCUAAUAUGCAGCACACCGAAAGGCACAUUCUCUCGGGUCGUCAGUUUGUGCAGUGAAUAGGUGUGUGUGUGUGUGUGUGUGUGUGUGUGUGUGUGUGUGUGUGUGUGUGUGUGUGUGUGUGUUUUAUAUGGAAAGGUGUCAUAAUAGUUGUAUUGUAAAGUCCCUUACUGAACCAAGUCACUGUUUUACGUACGUGUGCGUUCAAAUUAUUAUUAUUCCACAAAUUGUGCCAAAAAAGGUGUAUUAUCCCAAUUAAUUCAACCACUGAGGAAAAAAGAUGGAAGAGAAAUAUGAUAUCAGUUUACUAGGAUAUUUUUAACUAAAGUUGUGUAGAAUGUGACUGCGAGAUAGUGAAGAAGCAAUGAGUGAAAGGGUAACAAAGGUAUGAGAGGAAGAUAAAAAUAAGUGAAACCCUCGUCAUUGGGACCUAAGAGUAACAAGUGAGAAAGUGUAACAAAACAAAGCAACAAGAGUGAGAUGCUGUGAGUGGAAGCCUCGUGCACAGGGGCCAAAAGUGGUGAGAAAAGGAAACGUAGCACAAUAAAUAAUGAAGAGUACGCUACAGUAAGUGAAAAAAAGCCUCGUGCAGUGGGGCCGCUCCUCCGUCUCAUCCACGCCAUGUCCACGGUACAGGUGUUUCCACGAUGUAUACCGCGCCACUACCCGCUCCCGGGGUAGUCCUGUAGGUGUGUUGACGUUCGCUCCGGGCACCUCACUCCUUAGUUUGCUGUCAGGCGUGUCACAAUGUUCAAACGUGAUGACCAUAGAGUUACCAGGCUGCUGCCGGCUCGACGGUGAGCAGCCUGAUGUCAUAGGUGUGUUUACUUUACUUCCGGAUACCUCACUCUUUAUUUCGCAGCAAGGCGUGUAAUAAUGUUCAAAUGUAAUGAAUAUAAAGUAAAUAUAUAUUUCAACCAAUCCCUUACCUAGAGAACACCUCACAAGACUACUAUGUGACUCGAUCGUGUGUGCGUGUGGAUAUGUGCGUGCCUGUGUAACAUUUGUUCUGUGUAAUAACCGAGAAAUGGAUCAUAUAAUUAUUUUUAAUGUGUAGCCACAGCAGUUCAGUGUUGAAGAGAAUAACCAAAUAAUUUUAAAUGUAACUCAAUCUUCCUAUUUUUAACCUGAAACGUGACGUAAUACUGUGUUGCCUCCUACUGACUGGCCAUGAGGAUACUAUUGAGGUAGCCUUCUACUGUAUGCUGACCUGCUCUCCGCCACCGACACCGACACCGACACCAGCCGCCACACGGAGUGGUCCAGCGCGGCCCGACACGCCUCCUCACCCGCCCCGCUGUCACUGUCUUCACCGAGUACACAUGCAGUCUAGUGGGAACAAAUGUCAGAUUAAAUAUGACACCUGUAUAUACUUACUUAAUAAUCCUACUCAAGGUGGUGUGACCUUUCUGUCAUACCCAUUCUGCGCUACUUGUAGACUGAUAUUACCUUAUUAUGUUCCAAAGUGUGAUAACUGUACGCUGAGACUGGACGUCAGGCUCAGUACAUUAUGAUAUAAUGGAAAGCAUAGGUUUAAGUACUCGUGCUUUAAGGUAUGAAAACUGUAGAAAUUAAUAUGGACUGGAAAUGGUUGACAAAAGUUGUAGGAUGAAACAUUUAAAUAAAAAUUUAAAACCUUGAAGCAAUAAA